AAAUAAAAAAAUAAAUCCAAGAAGCCUUUUUCCGAAAAAACACUUGAACAAGCAAUCACACAAAAGCGAAGUUCUCAGGAUUUUCUCUUCACGAUCGUGAAGUUGGGUCAUCGACAACAACAACAACAACAACACCAUGUAUCAUCCAACAAGAGGCGGCGUCCGUGGCGGUCGAGAUCAAUUCACUUGGGAUGAUGUGAAGGUUGAUAAACAUAGAGAGAACUAUCUUGGUCAUAGUAUCAAGGCACCUGUUGGCAGAUGGCAGAAAGGGAAAGAUCUUUUCUGGUAUGCCAGGGAUAAAAAGUCCCAGACAGAAGAAAUGGAGGCUGCAAAAGAAGAGAUCAAAAGAAUUAAGGAAGAGGAGGAGCAGGCAAUGAGGGAAGCACUUGGCCUAGCUCCUAAACGUGCUAACCGUCCUCAAGGUAACCGUCUUGAUAAACAUGAGUUUUCAGAACUGGUGAAAAGAGGGUCUACAGCAGAAGACUUAGGUGCAGGUCAUGCUGAAGCAGCAAGCGUUCAAGGUCUUGGUUUUGCAAAAGCACCCCAGCCUUGGGAAGAACCCGGAUCCUCAAAGCUUUCUCUUAGUGGUACACCAGCCGUGGAGGAAAAUGCAUCUGUUCCAAAUCAGUCUGAAAGGAAGGCUGAAGAUGCUUCUGAGGAUGAAAGUAGAAGAAAGAGAAGUGAAGAGAGGAAGGAAGAUAAACGUGAAAGGCGUGAGAAGAGGCAUUCACGCGAGGACAGAAAGCACGAGAAGCGUGAGAAGAGGCAUUCUCGUGAUUCAGACGACAGGAAGAGACACAAGAAAGAUAAGAAGAGAAGACAUGAUUCAGAUUGAAUAUGGUCUUCUGUUGGUUGUCAUCAUCCAAUGUGAUUUUUAAUCAGUUUCAUAACCAAGGGUUUAUCUUGUCAAAUUAGUCAGCAAUCCAAAAGCCUGAGUUUACCGUAUCAAGACAUUGGUACUAACAGUCAAGGUAUUCUUAUGUGGUGUUUAAAGUUGGAAAGUCUUGUAAAAGAGAAAUGAAGCCAAACGCAUCUAUUUAAUGCUUUGAAAUUGGAGUGUUUUGUUGUGUAAAAAUUGAAGUAUGUCUUAGGUUACUUCUUUGCCUUGAUGAACUGUCAUUUGAGCUAACUUGAUCCUUCAAUGUUAAUUAUUUAACUUUGAAAGAGGCCACUUACUUGCA